GGUAAGCCUGUAUAACUAAACUGUGUCGUGGAUGUCGUGGACCGGUCUACGUUUGAUGGUUGCAAAUGUAGAAAUUUGUUAGCUUGUUAUUAUUAUCCAGUAAUUUUCAUUAUUCUUAUUAAGCCCUUGUUAGUUAAUAAGCCUUCAAAAUGAUUCAAGGAGCGUUUGAUGAAUUGAAGCGCAUGAACAAACGACAGUUUAUAUACCAAGUAUUAAGCUUUGGUAUGAUCGUGUCAUCAGCGCUUAUGAUCUGGAAAGGAUUAAUGGUUGUUACUGGCAGUGAAAGCCCAAUUGUGGUUGUGCUAAGUGGAAGUAUGGAGCCAGCAUUCCACAGAGGUGACUUACUGUUCCUGACCAAUUACCAGGAGGAGCCCGUCAGGGUCGGUGAAAUUGUUGUCUUCAAAGUUGAAGGCAGAGAUAUUCCUAUUGUACAUAGAGUUCUCAAGCUCCACGAAAAGGAGAACGGCACGGUUAAAUUCCUGACGAAAGGUGACAAUAACAACGUGGACGACAGAGGCCUGUACGCACCCGGCCAGCUGUGGCUCACCAAGAAGGACGUGGUAGGGAGGGCCAGGGGCUUCCUGCCCUAUGUCGGCAUGGUCACCAUCUACAUGAACGAGUAUCCCAAAUUCAAGUAUGCUGUGUUGUGUUGCCUUGGAUUCUACGUGCUCAUACACCGCGAGUGAGAAUUGAGUGAGUGAUGAAAGGAGAUGAAAACUCUUUUUUGUGCUCGGUCGCGCACAAUAUUUGACAUUAUCACAACAUUUAAUCAAGUGUUCCAAUUCUUGGCCCAACUGUACUUGUAAUUGUUAGUUUGCAUUGCGAACGAUGCAAUCAAUGAUCUGUUGUUUGAAAUGUAGCUAAUCAACAAGAACUGGUGUAACUAUGUUUCCAUUAUUUUUCUACGUUUUAUUUUUGUGAAUGGUAUGAUUCUUUGAUUGAUCUCGCAAUGUAGUUUGAUGUGUAUUUAUAUGUUUAAUGUUUUGAAAAACAUUCUUUUCUCAAAUUUAAUUUGAAUGAAUGCCCAUACUACUUCUCAAUUCAAUUUAUUUUAAUGUAUACAACCACUAUAAGCAAUUGAAUUUUAUCAGCACAAUAACAUUUUAAAAAUAGUUGGAUAUGGGUAGAAUCAGUUUGAUAAAAAUUAACUUUUCAACUGCUUGGAGGUAGAUUUCAAUCCUUUUUUGAAGAUAAUAUUAUUUUGAUUGAAUUUAAGAGCAUAAUAAUAUUAUGUUUGAAUUCCGAUUACGAUGACCAAAAGAAAUCGGACUAGUACUGAGUAGAGCUCAACUUUUCAUUCUCUUUACAUAUUACAGUAUUGGUUUUUUAUCAUUUUUUCCAAAUAAGAGGUAAUUUUUCUUAUUCCUGAUGAACCUUGUGUUAUCAUCAUGGAACGAACAGUUCAAAAUAAGAUAUAAUAAUAAAGUGAAAUGAGUUUAUAAAAUAAAUUCUGCCUGGUCUGAUAA